UUUGCGUAAUUAAACAGAAAGUUUCAGCUUAAAUAGCCGGCUUUCUACUUGAGAGUCAGUUAUUGGGUCAGUGGAGCCAACACAGGAUGACAUCGCCCAUUUGGAUCCUGAGUCUAGUUCUGCUGCACUGCAGCAUUUCCUGGUCACAGGAUGCUCCUGAUGUGAUGGUGGUGGUGGAUCAAGUGCAGGAGCUUCUUACCGCCAAUUCGCAAGGCCCACAAAGUUUGGAGAAUGGCGAUGGGUCCUUCAAUGGACCGCCCAUUUUCCCCGAUCCAUCAACGUUCAUGCAGAACAUGGGAGUGUAAUUCUAUAAUUCUAUACUACUUUAGAGCAACGCAAUGUGGCAAGACAUUUAAUUAAAUUAAACUGUGUGCAACGUUCAUAAUUUGA